AUGUCGUCCUCCAAAGUCGAACAGCAUCCAGCUUCACCGAGCCCCCCCAAGAAGUCGACCCGAUCACAGAGCCCGAGAGCAAAGGAGCGGAGGAGACUGCAGAACAGGAUAGCCCAGCGCAACCACCGCCGCAAACUCAAGGAGAGGGCUGCUGGCACCGACGAGAGUGCCUCGCCCGAGGAACGGCUGUCGCGGUCUUGUUCAGCCAGUUCCGAUACCUCGAGCCGCCACUCAUCUCCCAGAGACUCAGGCGCCAUGGAAUCUACCUUCCUCGCCGAGUACAUGUUGACAGGGGACUCUUCCGCCUGGGCCAAUCUGGACCUGGCAUUAGUGUACCCUAUGCCGUCCACCAUGGACGCAGCAGCGUCGGCUUUCGACCCGGCCUGCUUCAUGUCGCUAGCACCAGAAUGUACCUGCAACGGGGUGACUGGCCCCUGCGCCCACCAUCUCGAUGACUUUCAAGAACGAUUCGUGAACAUGAUGGCGGCGCCGCUACCGCCGCCUCCCCAUCCUCCUUUGGCGCCUUCUCCUAGCCUGGCGCCCGUCCCGGCGGCGCCCGAUGACCCCAUGUUCAUGCAGCCGAUGUCCUUCGAAGCUGCAGGUGGUAAUGAGCUGUAUGACCUGCCGGUGUCGCGGGGUCCGCAUCCGUCGCAGCACGGCCGGACGUUGUCAAGACACUCACGAUCACGCUCUCAGAGUGUCCAACAAGCCCGUCGUCGGAAGCGUUCCGCAACCAUGGCGCUACCCCUCUCGCAGAUAGCAGCAAGCGUAACACCGUCACAUUCGCCAGAAGUAGCAAGAGCAGCAUCAUCACCCGCUCUGUCGCCCAUCGACGCCGAAGCUGCGAAUGCCAGUGCAGCCAAUUCGGUCCGCUUCAAGGCCGUCCUCGACUUUGUGCGGAAUGCCGGCUUUCAGGAUUUCGACUCCAUGGUGACGUCGUACUACACGACACAGUUUGAGAAGAACAGCCUCGCCGACGUGUCGCAGCGGGCCAGUCGUGGCCGCCGGCUUCAUAAACUGUUGCAUGAUCUGCAUGAGAGUAGCAACCGGUGGUCCAAGUGGGAGUCGCGAGGCUUCAAAGACAGCGUCAUGCAAAGUGCCCGGAGGAUCUGCGUAGCCGAGAUGGACAAGGUGGCUCAGGACCACCCGCGAGAGCAGGAGCGGUACCCAGUGCCAGCUUUCGACGGGCUCGGCAAUGACAACGAGAGCGUCAUGUCGACCGACAAGGACAGGAAUGCAGGCCUGUCUAGCUUGGGGUUGUCAGCGUCGUCGCAUUUGACGGUGCCAGACGAUAUGGAGACUCUCCAAGACGAGGCACCCAAUGUCUGGUCGAUAUUGACGGAGAUGGCCGGCCCGGAUGGCCUGCAGUGCGACCAGGUCUCUCAGUCGGUUCUUGAAUCUUUGGUCCAGGCUCGGCGAAGUCAGAAGACGAAGUUGAACCCAUUUGUUGGCACAUAA